UUGUACUUAUGUUUACAAAAGGAAUUUCAACAACAAAUCCUCAAGAUGAAAAAAUACUUAAUGAUACAAUGUCUGUAUAUCGUGCACAUAAUUAUUACACAGAAUUAUUAUGGAAAUAUAUGGAAACAGUGUAUGGAUAUGAAAAAGCAAUUAGUUUAUUUAGUGAACUUAUUAAUGAUAUCAUCUCAUUGCAAACAGUUCAGGAAGAAAUACAAAAUAAUAUAUUACGAGUAUUAUCACCAGACAAUACAGAUGAAUUACUGCCAAUUAUCAAAUCAGUAUUAUGCAUUUCAUAA